GAAGAGAGACCGGCCAUCAUGACCAUGGCUGUGCCAAGGAAAGGGUUAAGUGCCUCCCCUCCUGAUGGCGGCUGGGGUUGGAUGAUUGUGAUUGGCUGCUUCCUCGUCACUAUCUGCACUAGAGCUGUAACAAGGUGCAUUUCAAUAUUUUUUGUGGAGUUCCAGACUUACUUUGCUCAAGAUUAUGCCCGAACUGCUUGGAUCCAUUCUAUAGUAGACUGUGCGACAAUGCUUUGUGCACCACUCGGGAGUUUUAUCAGUAAUCAUGUCUCCUGUCAAGUGGGAAUCAUACUAGGAGGAUUGCUCGCCUCUGCUGGACUGAUCCUGAGUUCCUUUGCCACAAGCCUGGAGCAUCUAUAUGUUUCCUUAGGAGUUCUUACAGGUCUGGGAUUUGCCCUUUGUUAUUCACCAGCCAUAGCAAUGGUGGGCAAGUAUUUCAGCAAGAGGAAAGCGCUUGCUUAUGGGAUCGCCAUGUCAGGCAGUGGUAUUGGUACAUUCGUCCUGGCGCCUGUGGUCCAGCUUCUAAUCGAACAGUUUUCCUGGCAUGGAGCCUUACUUAUCCUGGGAGGUUUUGUUUUAAACCUCUGUGUCUGCGGUGCCCUGAUGAGGCCGAUUGCGAUAAAAGAGGACCACAAGACUCUCCCCGAAUUCCCCGAGCAGGAGUUUGGGCCCGAAGCACAAAAGCAAGAUUUAAAGCAGUGGACGGUCUGUUCGCCUCUGAUCAAAGUGUGGUCUCACAAAUGCCUCUGCCAAUGCUCGUGGCAGGAAUACAACUUCUUGCUGAUGCCGGAUUUUGUGGUGCUCGCCGUGUCUGUCUUAUUUAUGGCUUACGGCUGCAGCCCUCUCUUUGUUUACCUGGUGCCUUACGCGUUAAGAGUCGGAGUGAGUCAUCAGCAGGCGGCUUUCUUGAUGUCCAUUCUCGGGGUCGUCAAUAUCAUUGGCAACAUCACCUUUGGAUGGCUCACAGACAGAAGGUGUUUGAAGAAAUAUCGUUAUAUCUGCUACCUCUUUGCUGUGGGAAUGGAUGGGCUAUGCUGUCUUUUCCUCCCAGUGCUCCAAAGCUUUCCACUCCUUGUGCCUUUCUCAUUCACCUUCGGAUAUUUUGACGGAGCCUAUGUCAUGCUGAUUCCUGUGGUGACAGCAGAUGUUGUGGGAACGGCUUCGUUAUCAUCAGCCCUUGGGGUGGUGUACUUUCUCCAUGCGAUACCAUACCUAAUUAGCCCCCCUGUUGCAGGCUGGCUUGUGGAUACAACUGGCAACUACACCGCAUCAUUUGCCCUGUGUGGAUUUUCCAUGAUAUUCAGUUCGAUGUUGCUGUGCUGUGCAAGGCUAGCCAAGAAGGUCAAACGGACACACUCGGGGCCAGCCGGCAGAGAAACUGAUGCAAAGCAACGAAUCUUGGCAAAUGGAGCCAUCGCUUAUUCUGUGACUGGAGAAUUAGAUCAAAAAGGUGUGGAGCUGUUGGCCAGAGAAGUGAAGAGCGGUAGCAAAAGAUGA